CAGUGUGUGUUUUCAACGGGACUCAACUUACUACUUUACUCGCUAUGGCCGCUUGACCUGAGAGGAGGAGGAGGAGGGCUUGGAUUUACCUUUCUUUUUUUUAUUUGUAACUCGCUUGUAACUUUUUUUUCUCCCUCCAAGAGAAUAAACUUUCGACUUUUCUUUUUAUUGUGGGUAGUUUUUAUGUCCAGGACUAAGGAUGCAACCCCCACCGAGGAAGGUCCGGGUUACCCAGGAGCUGAAACACACUCAUGCGGAGCAGAUGAGCAGAUUACACAUCAAACACCAGGCAGAGUGUGACCUGCUGGAAGACCUGAGGACUUUCAGUCAAAAGAGGGCGGCAGUAGAGAGGGACUACGCCCAGGCCCUCCAGAAAUUGGCGAAUCAGUAUCUAAAGCGGGAAUGGCCGGACAACCUCUCAGAAGAACAAGAAGAUCACAGGAACAUGUACUGUGUGUGGAGGGCCUAUUUGGAUGGCACGGUCCAGGUCACCCAGUCCAGAAUCAGCACCUGCGAUAACUAUAAAGUCCAGGUUGCGGAUCCGGCGAAAGCGGCCCGAAUGCAGAAGGAGCAGCAGCUGAGGAAGUGUAUUGAACAGCUGACGGUGGUCCAAGCCGAACUGCAGGAUUCGGUGAAAGAUCUGACCAAGACCAGGAAGAAGUACCAGGAGGCUGAGACAAUGGCGCAGGCUGUCAGAGAGAAGGCAGAGCUGGACGCCAAGUCCAAGCUAAGUCUCUUUCAGUCCAGAUCCAGUCUGCAGAGGGCGAGUGUAAAGCUGAAAGCCAAGAGGAGUGAGUGCAACUCCAAAGCCACGCAUGCCAGAAAUGACUACCUUCUCACGCUAGCAGCCGCUAACGCUCAUCAGCAGCGCUAUUAUGACACAGACCUUACAGACUGCAUCAAGGUCUUAGAUGGCAGAAUCUACGAGCAGGUAAAAGAUUACCUGGUCUCACUGUGUCAGACUGAACUGGAAACUUGCCAGGCUGUCCACAACACCUUCAACCACCUCUUGAACAGCUCAAAUGAGGUACGGCAGGAGUUUCAUCAGCAGCUGUUUGUACAGAAGAACUCGAUGUUUCAGCAAGCCGCAGACUUCCUGUACCAGCCCAUCGACUCUGAUACGGUGAUGCAGCUGCAGAAAGAGAGUGGGACGGCCGAAGAGCACAGCCUGGAUAAGGAGGCGAGGAAAUGGGCGAGCCGCGUAGCCCGAGAGUACAAAAGCGUCAUCCACACUCAGAGGGCCCUGGAGGAAUACGGGACUCAGGAGACCUCGGAGCAGAACAACACGGACCUGGAGACCAAGAUGGAAGUGGCCAGGCAGAGUCUCCGGAGGGCAGAGACAGUCAAAGUGAAAGCGGAGGCUCGUCUGGACUUGCUGAGGCAGGCUGGCGUCGCUGUUGAAACGUGGCUGAAGAGCGCCAUGAACCAGGUGAUGGAGGAGCUGGAGAACGAGCGCUGGAACAACCUCAAUACCCAUGAUCCUUCACUCUCCGGAACGGCAGACUUGGAUCGAGAGGAUGAGGAGGAGAUGGAAGACAGUGGUGAAGUUUUGGACGACAGCAGCUCCAGCCCCUCCAGCACCUUAAAAAACUAUCCUCUCACCUGCAAAGUACUCUACUCCUACAAGGCCUCUCAACCAGAUGAACUGACCAUAGAGGAGCAGGAAAUCCUGGAGGUCAUUGAUGAUGGAGACAUGGAGGACUGGGUCAAAGCCAGAAACCGCAGCGGACAGGUCGGCUACGUCCCAGAGAAAUAUUUGCAGCUGCCUUCCUCCAACAGCCUGCUGAGUAUGCUGCAGUCUCUCGCUGCGCUGGAUGCCCGAUCCCAUUCCUCCAGCAACUCCACUGAACCUGAAACUGAACUACCAACCGGCUCUGUCAACGGAGACUCCAGUGUGUCCUUUGCAAAGGCCCUGUACGACUACGCAGGACAGACGGGCGACGAGCUGUCCUUUCCGGAAGGGGCCAUUAUCCGCAUCUUGAGCAGAGAGACCCACGAGGACGAUGGUUUCUGGGAGGGCGAGUUUAACGGCGUCGUUGGAGUUUUCCCUGCUGUGCUGGUGGAGGAUCUCACCGGGGCCAGCGAGAACGGAGAUGGACAAAAAGAUGGAAGUGCACAGGCUUCUCCCUCCAGUUUGGCCCAAUGUGACCGAUCCCCUCGUAGCCCCUUCCAGCCGGGGCCGCUCCACAGCAGUCCUCUCCAGACGCCCACCAUGUCGUCUCCUCAGCCGAGUCCAUGCAGCGCCACUGCUUCUCCCAUUGGCCGACCACCCUCCUAUCACAACGGACAUCACAGGCCGCCGCCAGCGCCCCACAAAAGCCCCUUUCAGAGUCCGGUCCAAGGCUCCCCUCAACCUCCCAAAUACCCAGAAAGUGGAUCUGGCACCAUUCGACCGGUUCGUGCUGCUCCUCCACCCCCGAAGCAGCAUCCUCGGGGGCAGGUGAAGCGGAGGGAGGAGGUGGAGAUCACGCUGGUGUGAAGCUCGGCACCCUGGUGGUGACCGGCGGUGAUGACAGCUCUGUUUUAAAAAAAAACCCAGCUGGGACUCCUCGAACCCUCUGUGCCUCUUAAAAACACUCCCAAAGGAAACCAGAGGAAACUUAAAACCCUCCUGAAGACGCCUGGAGGCCGCGGAGAGGUUCCACACUUUGUCCUCUAAGUCUUUACACACGACUCCUCCGUCGGGUUAGUGUGCUGUGGAGGAAUAUCGUGCCUUUCUCUUAACUAUACAUGUUUAAGUUUUGUCACGUUUCAUACGACUUUACCCAAGUGUCUCCUAUUUGAAUUAGAGCGAUAAAUAGGGCCAAUAUUGUAAUUUUUUAUAAAAAAUUAUAUAUUUUCCAGUCCAUAUUGUCCACCUCUUCUAACUGGACAUGAAUAAUUUCUGGUUUUCAAGAAAAAAAGGAAAAAAAAGAAAGAUAUAUUGAAUGCUAACAGAAUAUUUACUAUUAGCUACUUCAAAUAUCAAUCCUGAUAUUAUUUUUCACUGUUUUCUGCUCUCUGUCGCUCACAGUAAUUGAUACGGUGAUAACUGGAAGAUAAUCUCAUAACAAGAUAGAACAAAGUAACACAUCACAUCAUUGAUAAAUAAUGAUGACUUGAUUUUGACACAUUUGCACAGGAAUAGUUUGACAUCUAAUUAGCUUUCUUGCAGAUAAUUAUAAGAUUGAUGCCCCAUGAUCAUGUAAUACAGAGUUUAAAGCCAGGAGAUAAUUACAUUUGCUUAGUAUAAAGACUAAAUUUUAAGUUUUUAAAAAAAUAAGUAUUAUCAUGUUUAUUUUAAAGGCUCAGUUUUUAAUUUAAAACAUCAAAUUUUACGUCUAACGUACGUCGGCUCGUUUUUUCAAAGAAAUUCUAAUUUGCUUUCAUGCAGAUAAUUAUGUAAUUAUCAUGUAAUACAGAGCUAGAGCCAGGAGAUAUCUGCCUAAGCGUAGCAUAAAGACCAUAUUUAGCCCGCUAAUUAGUGGGGGAAAAAAUCACAUUUAUUUUAAAGGCUCAGUUUUGAAUUUAAAAUGUAAAAUUGUACGUUUUUUUUUUUUUUGUGAAUAAACGUGAUUAACUUAAAUACAAUAUUUAGAAUGUAAUCCAUUAGUUCAGUAACAUUUCUUAAAUUUGCAUCUAACUCUGUAAGAAAGCAAAUUUCCCCCAAAAAAGUGUAACUAUUCCUUUAACAUCAGUUCCUUCAGCUUCAUUGAUUAUCUCGUUAUUAUGAGAUACACGUUUUAUUUUCUUUAGUUAAUCUAAUGCACUUCUGUUCAUAGUUUAAGUUUUAUAAUUAUGAUUUCAAGCAUAUUAUCCAGCAGUUACACCUCAAUGUAUCACUUACUGCGAGUAUCUCUCUCUCUCUCUCUCUCUCUCUCUCUCUCUCUCUCUCUCUCUCUCUCUCUCUCUCUCUCUCUCUCUCUCUCUCUCUCUCUCUCUCUCUCUCUCUCUCCCUCUCUCUCUCUCUCUCUCUCUCUCUCCCUCUCACACAUAUCUUCACAAACUGAUAUUUUGAGCUGUGGAGACUUUUCACAAUUGGAUUUACUACUAUGCAACAUAAAGUAAUGCUUGGCAGGACGUCUCAGCAUGUUGUGAAUAUGUAGCUUCAACACAUACACACGAAAACAAAA